AUGACGCGUGGCACUAUUAGUGUCAUGAAGUGUCGCACGUCACUAUGUUGGUUUCAAGAAGGAGAGAAGGUGUUGACGGGACCUGAGCUUAUUCAGCAGACGACUGAGAAGGUGAAGUUGAUCCAAGAGAGGUUGAAGACGUCAAGGAGUCGGCAGAAGUCGUAUGCAGACAAGAGGAGAAGGCCUUUGGAAUUCGCUGCAGGAGAUCAUGACUUUCUUAGACUGAACCCGACCACUGGAGUAGGCAGAGCCGUUCAACCUAAGAAGUUAUCCCCCAAGUUCGUCGGACCUUAUCAAAUCUUGAGGAAGAUUGGACCAGUGGCGUACGAGUUAUCCUUGCCUCCUCAACUGUCUAAUCUUCAUCCAGUCUUCUACGUUUCCCAACUCCGGAAGUACAUAACUGACCCUUCCCACAUACUGGAGUUAGAGGGCGUUCGUCUUCAUCAAGAUCGAACGUUGGAGAUGCAAUCGGUUCGCGUUGAAGACAGCCGCACCAAGUACUACAAGAGGAAAGCCAUCCGUUUGGUGAAAGUGGUCUGGGACGAGAAGAUUGACGACUCUACAUGGGAAGUGGAGGAUGCCAUGAGGGACUUGUAUCCCCAUCUGUUUACGG